UAAAACCUAACAACAAACCAACCCCUCGAUUCCCAAAAGUAGAGAUUCCUUCCUUCCGCAUCGCCAAUCUGCCAAUGAGAAGAAUCCACUGUUGUUGAUGAUUCCAUAUCCAUGGCCUUCUACGCCUACCCAUCCCGUCCUUUCCCCGCCUCAUCUACAUCCCCAUCACCCGGAUCUUAUCGCCCUCUACCUUGUAGGAUCAAAGAAUUCGUCCGAUGCGCUGUUUCCGCUGUAAUUGGGAAUGUUUUCUCCGCAAUCUUCACAUUUUUCUUCGCCUUGGUAGGUACAUUGUUAGGAGCAAUGACAGGAGCACUGAUUGGCCAAGAGACUGAAAGUGGGUUUAUUAGAGGAGCUUCUGUUGGGGCUAUUUCCGGAGCUGUUUUCUCUAUUGAAGUCUUCGAAUCCUCGCUGCUGUUAUGGCAAUCUGAUGAAUCUGGGCUGGGUUGUCUUCUCUAUCUGAUCGAUGUCAUAGCCAGCCUUCUAAGCGGCAGACUAGUUCGUGAACGUAUUGGUCCAGCAAUGCUUAGUGCAGUGCAAAGUCAGAUGGGAGCUGUUGAAGCACCGUUUGAAGAAAUCCCCAACCUUUUUGAUACAGGCGGGGCAAAAGGUUUGUUGGUCGACACUGUCGAAAAGAUCCCGAAAUUCACAAUCACUGGAGAUGACAGCUUUGAUACUUCCGGCGAGGGUGUCUCUUGUUCUGUUUGCCUUCAGGACUUUCAGCUGGGGGAAACUGUGCGACGUUUGCCACAUUGCGACCACAUGUUUCACCUACCUUGCAUCGACACUUGGCUGGUGAGACACGGUUCGUGCCCAUUGUGUAGACGGGACCUCUGAUACUUGUUUUGCUGAACACUACACGAAAUGCCGGUUCCAUGUAAGUCGUAGGACUUCCUUUAUUUGAUUGACGACCCCACCACAUCCCCCCCCCCCUCUCCCUCGGUCGUAGAGUACAUUUUUGUGUUCCCUUUGUGAUGUAACCUUGUAUGUAUGUAAAUUCGAACACCAGCUUGAGCUCUAUGUUGUGUCUGUUGUAUAAAAUGAAAUUUUGACUUGUGCUGGUGUUCCCAUGUUGGUACUUUAUUAUGUGUCCUGAUUGAGUGUUGUUGUUGUCGAUAUGGAUUGAUCCUAUGGUCGUUUUGUUUGUGUUAGUAAGGACCCGUGCUCUAUUGGUUAAAAUUCGAACCUUUUUGCGCUCAUUGUAGCGUAGGUUAUGCUCGUUGCGCAUUGUUUUGUUAUAAAAGGUUUCGGUAUAAAAAAUGUGAAACGUAGUACUUUAAAUGGCUUCUAAGGUAAAAUGUAGCAAUUUGGCAUAUGUACUAGACCUGCAUUACAUAUGUUCAUUACUUAAUUGUUGUUUCUA